UGUCCUUGAAAAUAAAUAAAUUCAAUGAAAACAAGUGACACUGUGUGCUUUAGUUGAGUGGCCUACAUUUCAGAUAACCACAAACUACAUUACCCAGAAURCCCCGAGCGGGAGGUUAUAGGUUAUAUGGUCAUGUAUGCCACAUUAGCUAGGCCUGCAGCCUAAUCUUAGUGCCAAAAUUAGGACCUUUUCCUCGUUUUUGUGCAACAUUUGUUAUCAUCCUGACAUGCCCGUGAGCGCGCGGUCUGCCGCGCAGAGUGGAUGAAAGGCAGCGACGUCGCAGCUGCUCAGCACAAACAGCUGGRUGAAAACCAACAUCCUGAGCUGCUGGACUGCUGCGGAGGCCUCGGCAACAUCGAUUACUCGAAGAUGGACUUAACCCUGGCUGAAGGCUUUCUGAGACACGUUGACUUUCAUAACUCCAGUUUUUGGAUUGCUGUGAUUGCCAUCAUAUUCAACCCUUUCUUCUGGAAUGCGGUAGCGAGAUGGGAGCAUCACACCCGGGUUCUCUCCCGGCUCUUUGGUAGCCCCUACUUCGCCUGCUACAGUCUGGGCUUCGUCAUCGUUCUCCUCAAUGUUUUCCGCAGCCACAGUAUGACGGUGGCCAUGAAGACCCAGGCCCGGUGGUUGAUGAUGGAGCGCACAGAUGUUUUCUACAUUGGAGUAGCUGUCAUGGUGUUGGGAACUGUACUGGUGGUCAGCAGCUUCCUCGCUCUGGGAUUCACAGGAACCUUUUUAGGUGACUACUUUGGCAUUCUGAUGGAUAAGAAGGUGACAGGGUUUCCCUUCAGUAUCAUAGAAAACCCAAUGUAUUGGGGAAGCACUGCCAACUACCUGGGCCUUGCACUCAUGGGUGCCAGUCCUGCUGGUCUUGUCCUGACUCUCAUAGUGGCCAUGACUUACAAGGUGGCAAUAAGCUUUGAAGGCCCUGUGAUGGACUUGCGACCUGUCCGGGGUYUACCCUGCCCCUMUCACAGUAACAUGCACCAUAUAGGCACCAGUGACCCUGAAAGGAAGAAGAGACCAUUCACCGAACAGAUCUAUCUGCAGAGAAAUCAGCACCCAAAGCAUGACUGAUCGUAUCCCUCUGAGGCAGUUCCUGCUCCUGGUUUGUGCUGAGGAUUCCCAUCCACUCCUGUGGACAGAAGGAUAGACUUAAUAACAUCUUAGUGAUUUGCUGAUUAUCCACAUGGAAACAAAAAAGGAAAGAAAAAAAACCAUCCAUGUUUUUGGUCCAAUUUACCUUUUUUAAUUAACGAAAAGCUGUAUUCAACAUGUGACUUGCUGUUCUAAGAAUGUUAAGUAAAGGGAAGUGAGUGAAAUUUAGCAGGUGAGAAUAUUAAUUUUAUAUCUGAAAGAAUUUUAUCUGUUUUACACAGUAAGGUCUGUUGAGAAUUACUCACAUCAUGUGGAAAUAGCUGAAACCUUUUAUGGGUCUAGACGGGGCUGUUUAAAGUACAUAUUUGAGCAGCAUAAAAUGRGGAUGAGACCUGAUACUCUACAUGGAUCAGAUGAAUGAAUGUCAUCCAAUAGAACCAUAUUAGAACAAAGCAYCCUCCUUUGAAAGAUUGGCUGUGUUAUGACCUGUUAAUAUUCCUAACUUUUCAAAUGUGUUGUUCCAAAUUGAUUUAGUUAUAUUUUUCCCACUUAGUAAGAACUAUGAUUUUUGUUAGAAKAUUUUUUUAAUAUAACACAUCAUUUCAAAACUCUCAUUAAUUCAUCCCAGUCCAAAAGUUCUGAUUAUUUUUGUUCUUUGCGCAAAACUAAGAUAUCUCUCAAACGUUCAAGUCUUGUCAAAAGACCUAUAAUGGAAAUUGAUUUAUAAGAAAUUAAUGCAUUUUCUGUCAAACUGAACAGCACACAUGGUUUCUUUUUUGUCGAUGGAUUGUUUUUUAUGUAAUAAAAUAAUGAGGCAGAACACAAGGUGCUUCUUUCUUUGUGACUCAACAGAUCCUGAGUGUUAAUGGAAGCACUUAAGCCAAGAGUUUACAUAAGUAUUCCUAGAGGCAGGUGUGUGGGAAGAAUUUCAUGCAUGAGUCCCCAAAAUUAGUCCUAUUAAGGCGAUUCUACUUCUCAUUCUGGCUGUAGAACUGAAGCGCGAAUGUGAUGCACUUUUGUAGUCCAGUGAUUCAAUGAAAUGUCAAGUUGUUAAGCUACUACAACAUCCAACAACUUGUGAAAAUAAAUCCCUUUUUUGUA